GGAAGAAGAUGAUGAAGAAACGAAAGAAAUAAAGAAACAGGCAGCCGAGUACGUUUUAUGAAUAAUUCUAACCAUAAAAUUGACGUUUUCAUAUACAUGGUCAUGAGUAAAUUCGUGUUAAACACAUUUUCUUUAAGUUUGAUGACUUUGAAAGAUAUUCGACUUGCCCUUUGUUAAGGCCGUGUUACACGGUGCAAUUUUUCUUGCAACCUGCAAUGGCUUACGUUGCAAGUUACAAAACAGAUUGCCCUAGUUUGCAACUGCUAACACUCCUAGUUUGCAACUUGUAAUGCAAUAAAAAAUUGCAUUGCAAGUUGCAUGGAAAGUUGGACCGGCUUCUACUUUUUGCAAUGCUGUGAGACAAGUUGCAGUGUCUGACACCCCCAUCUGCAACUUGUCUCGCAAUACUUAGGAAAUUAGCCAAUCAGAAUGCUGCAUAGCCUGCGAUCAGGAUGAAUUUUUGGCAAUUCAAAAUGGUGGACUUAUUGUUGAGCUUCGAUCAAACCAUGAAUGAAGAAGAAGAAAAACAUGAAAAUGAACCAGAAAAUGACCAGGCAAAGGCGACAAAAUUAACAGGUUUUGACAAAAUUGUCAUUUUGGAGGCAGUGAAAAAUUGUCCUUGCCUAUGGAAGAGCGGUGAGAGUUGGGCAAAGAAAGACAAACAAGAAUUCAUGCUGCACGCGAGAUUGCAGGUCGCAAAACAAGUUGCACUCUCGUCUGACAUGUCACUGCAACUUGCAAUAUUUAUUUUUUAAAAUAUUGCAUUGCAGGUUGCAAGAAAAAUUGCACCGUGUAACAUGGCCUUUCGAAGUCAAAGCGAUGUGUGGAACGAUUUCGUUGUCAUUCGACGGGACAAUGCACUGUCAGCACAACAACUUAAAAAAUAUCAAAUGUUUAAUACAAAAAUUUGUGGACAUUGCCCAAGGACAAAUUGAUUAAAUUGUGGUAGCAAUUUGUCUUGCUUUGCCAGGCAGAGCAAACCGAAUGCGUAAUUAGUCCAAUGCGUAGUUUAUGCAUCAUACAUAACUUAAUUCUCUGGCAGAGAUAUGCAAUUUCAGAGUGCCCUCUAUAGUUAUUCUAUUAUUCUAUGCGAUUAUUUUGUUGUCAAUCGAUUGGUGAAAGUAGAAAACGAUGAAAGUCUGAACUGGAUGCUUAAUUGCCGUCAUGCAGGCUGCCUUUAAACCAGCAUCCCUGUUAAAAGAUAAUUAAAUUAACUUUAAUACAUGUGUGUAUUUAUUUAUAUACUGUACUUACUGCUUUCUCCCAUUUUAUUGGUUUACAGAAUUCGGACAAAAAAGAAGUUGAUAGUUCAACAGCAUCGUCUGAAGAAGACAACGAACCAUGCGAAAGUUCCACAUAACUUACGGGCUAAGGUUUGACUAAAAUUUGCUUCAAGUUCAGUUCUUUCUCCCUGACUAAAGUUGUUUCUUCUGUCGAUUACUAAUAAAACUAAGCCGAUUCAAAGAGUGCAGCAUGUAUACUACCUCCUAAAUCCCUCAUGGGAAAUGACUCGCAAAAGAGCUUUGAUUCUAAAACUCUAAUAACUUCAUAUAUUUGUCUUUACAUACUAAGACGGCGGAGAAUUGGUUGAUUGUAGAAUGGACAAGACUUGGGGGGUCUCCGUAGGCAUGCUCCCCCGGGAAAACUUUGAAAUCUAGAGUUUUGAAAUGGCAUUUCCCACGUUCUUAGGAAAACUUGGCAUGGUGAAACUUGAUCAUUUUGGUAAUUUUGCAUUUUAACCAACAGAGAAACUAAUACGUUCGUUUCAUAUGUAGUCUUUAUCCCGACAAGCAAGGAGGCAGAGUUUGGCGUCUGAUGGAAUGGAAUGGGAAAAUGAGGAUGACUCGAUGGUAAGUUGACCUGGACUAAAAAUAUUUAACUGCUGCUAAUGCUGAUAGGGUCGUGAAUCUACUUCUAUGAGUAUACUUAUUCUUUUCCAUGACCUGCCAACAUUUCCACAGUACCCGCGUACGUAUCAAGUAUACAUGCUUUAGAGUCAGAAGUGAGAAUCGAACCCACCAACUCAGAGGCGUUGCUCUGACGACUCUCCCACCGAAGCAAAGAGUGUAAUAAUUGAAUUAUCCAAAGGCAUUCAUCUAUGUGUCGUUCCUGCACACUACUCUAUACUGAAAAUGUCAAAUUUCAAAAAAAUAAUAAAUGAUGAAAAAUAAAUAAUCAUUUUAGGACACGUUGGAAGGAAGACGAACAAGAUCACGUACACCUGCCAGUCGCAAGAGGAAAAGAGAGGACACUGGUAGUGAAGUGCGCAGUCAUUCAAAGCCACCAAGAGAUCAAUCUGGUAUUUCAAAUAAUCCAGAGGUACGGGAUUGUAAAAAUUUUAAAAGAGUUCUUUCCCUACACAAUAGUGAAAUUUUCAUUGCAAUCAGGAGAUAAAGAGUACAAUUAGUGUUUUACAGUAGCAAAGUACGACUUUGAAAUUCUUUCUGAAAGAAGAAUGUGACUAAAUAUUAAAAUGACGUAAAUUAUCUAAUAAACGCUAACUCUCUAAUAAACGUUCCGGUCAAGCUAAAAUUUUCUAACAGACGUCCUCACUAUUAAACGCCCCUUAUCUUAUUAGCGCCUUCCCUACUGUGGUGUUUAUUGGAUUUAAUUAAACUGUGGGAAUUGUUGGAAAUGUUGUUAAGUCGCUUCAAACUACCGUAUGAAUAUACGGCCCAGGGCCGUAACGGCCCUCUUUAUUAGACGCCCCUUAUCUAGUAGAUGCCUCCUAUUAAGUACAGCGAUAUAGCAAGAACUGUAAAGUCUUAUUUGCACACGAAUUAUCGGAUGAUUUUAUUCUUAAUUAUUUCUUUCAUAAUAUCACGCUUUCUAUUCUCUUUGGCUCGAUAAACGUCUUUUGUCGAUAACAAACAAACGAAGUGAUUCACAAUCAUAUUUGACUUUUACUCGUCUCAACAAAUCACAAUUAAUCUUAGUCGCAAUAUCUUUUACUUUAUCUAUAGAAAAAGAAGAAGGCGAAAAAGAUGAUGAAAACAUCGCAAAGAAAUAUGAACAGAAUGGGGAAAGCAGGUCAGUACAAAGUCAUUAAUUUUAUUUGCUGGAUGUAUUGUUUUGUCCAUUACGACGAGCCUGGCCAUUGCGUCAAUGUGAUGGCUUUGCAUCAGUUGUCAGAAACGACAAUGAGAUAAUCACGUGUUGGGCCUCGUCAUUAUCUCUAGGGUCUCUUAUAUUAUUUACUGCAGACGUUAUAUGAGUAAAAAUAUUAUAGAUUAAAUAACGUUGGGCUUUUUCCCUUAUUACCCACAUGUUAGUGAUGUUACCGACUUACCACUACAUUGUAUAAUAAUCUGGGUAUCGGUGGAUAUAUAAGAUACCCCAAGUAUGUAAUUGGAACUGGCGUACAGUAAUGCGUUAACGAUUGAUUGUAAGUUGCAUGUAACGAUGUUUAAUGUUUUCUUUGUGUCUAGGGGAAUCUGAUCGUCAUAUUGGCAGCAAAAUGCCCAAACAUCUGUUUGCUGGAAAACGAAAGGGAGGGAAAACACAAAGAAGAUAAGUCAGUUGUGUGAUGUUGUUUUGAACUUGACACAGCAAAUUACGAACUGUUAAUUCACCAUGCGAAUUCACCAUGCGAAUUUUAUCGAGAAUUAAUAUACGAAUUAAUAUACGUUGCAUUUCGCUAUAUCAGAAUUUAUUUGACUUGGAGGUAUUAAAAAGCAAUGCAUUAAUUAACUUCAGGUAGGCAUUGGUGGCUUUCACUUCAAAUUCAGAAAUCGCGAAAACGUAAUUGCUUGUUAGUAUGCCAAAUGUGCCAUGGUGUGUCAAAAUAAUAUACAAGCUUGGGUUUGUUACAACGGAAUUUUGUCAUUGGUCUUCUGAAUUAGAUAUAUAGCGUCUGGGUUUAAUAUAAAACAAACCGCAUGCAACUUUAAUAUAUAAACAAAUGACUGUAUAUCUAUACUAUAGGACAGUUGUACACCUUUGUCAAGAAAAUCUACUCUGCAAACUACCUGUGAACAUCAAUAGAUCACUGAUUGAACCACUAUAUUACAUGUAGUCUAUAUAUGAAAAUGAGUUUUUUAAUAGCUCUAGUACCAGGUUUUCCACUAUAUACUAUUGUUUUUCAAACUAGGAAGCAGUCUUGUUCUUGCCAUUUUAUAAUUUUUCAUCUAUAUAAAUUCUGUCAAAAUUGUUCCCAUACCCUACUUCCAAUAUUACAUAAGAAUACGAAGAAACAUUGUUUGUGUAUAUAACUACACCCAUAAACAUUUAUUUCGACAUUAACAACUGAUUGUCAACAUUUAUUUUAACAUUACAUUAACAUUUAUUGUUAUGUACAGUAUAUAUACAUAAAACUAUAUUAUUAUAGGGAUAUGUCGGAUCUGUAUACUAUAGUAUCCAAUAUCCGGUAAAAUAUAGACAUCCGGCAGUAUCCGACAAAAUUUUGCAAGAUAUUUACCGGAUAGCAUUAGAACCAUGCAUGUAAUCGGAAAUAGCAUUAGAACCAUGCAAUCUUUUCUUGUGCGUUGAAGAAUUAUGGAACAGGGACACUAGCUGGGCAUGCUGAAAAUGUUUUCGUGAUGUAAACUGCUCUGCUGUAAAUUGCUGCUAACGCCAGCGCCACAGAUAUUUAUGCUUAUUGUAUAGAGAGAAAAGCACGUACUAAAACAAUGGACUACAUUAUGGCAAAAAUUGGUGAAGUAUUGUCCAAGAACCACCAUUAGUAUCCAGUUUUACCUAACCAGUAUCGCGCGGUAGACUAAACUAAUCGGGUAUCAUCUGGUAUGCAGCAAAACAGUUUACGGCACAUCCCUAUAUAUUAUGAAUUAUGAAUACAUAUUUUACGAUACAAGGUUUAUAUAUGUAUGGUAAAUUUACUAAAUUGUUAUCACCAAAUUUCUAUAUUAACGUUCCACAAUUUAAGGGCAGCUCUAGCUCCGCGCUGCAUUUUCAUCGAAUGUUAUAGUGAGUACAUGGAACAUAUCCCAAAGUUGUCAAAUUCGCGAUUCAAAAAUUUUUCAAGGUACCUCAAUUCACCCUGACCCCUAUAUCGUUCUGAAAUUGUCAUGUUUAUUCAAUAGUAGUUCUGAUUUGAUUUAUGAAGAACAACUAUUGAUUUAUAAAGAAAUCUACCCAGCCAUUGCUCUUAACCAAUGAGAUCACAGAAAGGUGGCUCGUUUUAAUAGGUGACCAAAAACAUUUACUGGAAGUUUUUACCAGUUCAAAGGUAUAUUCUGAGAGAUUCUGCAACCUUAAAUACGGUAAAAUCUUAAGGUACUUACUUUAUAUAUAACGGCAUGACUUAACAAUUAAUUCUAUAUACAUCGCGAGACCAUGGCGAAUUCAGAGCGAGAUCAUUUACAUAACUGCAUGCCGAGUACAGAUGAACAGCAUUAUAUGUGUUCUGCAUUCUCGACAUUACGCAAAAUUUGGUCGGUUCUCCAGUUCUUACUCACGGCUCGCCUAGGAUUCGUGUAAACGUUACUCUUUAUAAUAUAUAUUUUGAUGAUAUAUUUUUAAGUCAUCCGUUAUUUAUAAUUAUUAUUAUGCGUAUAUGUGAUUCACACUGAAGACGUAAAAAUUCAAAAAUUUAUGCAAUUCUGCUUAUUAAUGAAAGUAACUUUCGUCUCCAAAAAUCUAAAGCUCUUGCCACUAUAAUGUAUAUACUAUACUUAUAUAUAAACAUUUGAUAUCCGAGGGGGAAAGAAACAAUCACUUUGCUUUGCCUAUAGUUUACAAUUACGUUUUUCUUUCAUUUUGCGAAGACAAUCUAUACUAUAUUAUAGGCAAUAAUGAUUUAUUUCAUUGCCUCCUAAUAUUGCUGGAUACUGUUUGAUAAAGGCUUUACAUUUUCCCUUAGUAUAUAUGAUGUAAUGGUAAUUUAAUUUAAUUUAUCGCCAGUACUUUGCUUACGUUGUGUGGUUUUGAUUUCAUGCUGCUUAUGCAAUUAUCAACGUUUGACUUUGUACUUAUAUGUUGUUCAAAUUUACCAAUUAUUUUGGCGAUAUAGCUCUUUUAGCCGAGAAAAAUCAGGACGAAAUCUCUAACCCAUUUUACAAAUAUUGACUAAACAUUCGUUUCUUUUGAAUUUUCUUCACGGCACGUUGACUUGAAUUUCCUUCAUUUCAAUUUUUAUUAUUUAUUGAGCUGUGCAUGCGAGCCUCGAUGUCAG